AUGGCCAGCUUCCAGGGGAGCCCCUCCAUUCUCUUUCAUGAUAAUGAGAACACGGUUUUUCUCGUUGACUUACCAGGAUCAAUUGCCCAAGCACAAGAAAUAUUGCCCACUACGCCUGCCCCAACAGGGGGAACUCCUUCCAUAUCAAAUCAAGGGAACAGGAAACACAAAUUAAAAAAGAGGUCCCUUAUCUCUAGUGUGCCUCUCACGGCGCCUUACCUGUCUCUCACAGAGCCAAAGACAGACACUGCGCGCGCAAAGGUUCUGUCUAACAUAUCACUGUGCGAACAACGAUUUCAUGGUGAAUAUAUCCAGCCACUUGUGGCAAACGCUUUAGAUGAUUUACGGGCCGGGUAUAUGCCAUCUGGCUCUCAAUGGUGUCUUCCUAGAGCUGUUCUUGAUGCAACAGUGCUCAAAAAGGAGCCAUUGGAGAUCUCUGAUUCGUCAACGAAGAAACGGAAACGAAAGCAACCACGGAAUAGGCAUUGCUCACCUUCGAACCAAUUGGGAGAUGGAAGAAGUUCUCUCUGGUCCGCUGCACCGCCUACGAUUCUGUCAUCGACGUCUCUCAACAUAUUUAGCUCGAUGUCAGAGCUUGAAGGUGUGGUGAAAAAUCCAUCCUCAGAUGAGACUGUGCUAUCAAUCAGUACCGUCGGAUAUGAUGGCACGCGUUGUUCUUUAGAAUACAUCAUCCCGCCUCGAUCUGCCUUUGUGCUUUGUAACCUGCCUCUAUCACAGUCAGAGCCCUUGGAGAGACCUAUUCCCGGGCUUCCUAGCAACCAGCGUUUCAAUCUGAUGCUCUUCGAUCCACCCUGGCCAAAUCGCUCUGUUCGACGCAGUAAAGGCUAUCAAACUCAUGCUUACAACGAAGUGGACAUUUUGAGCCUGCGACUUCAAGACAUCCUGCGUGCUCACGCUUACUGUCCACUUGAUGAUGUUACGGUAAGCUCAGCUACGACUACAAGCACCAAUGCAGCUCCAGAACAGGUUUCCCAGGAAACUUUCGCAGCUAUCUGGAUCACCAACUCUGAGAAAGCUCGUAGAGUCGCCUACGAAGCCUUGCUGGCUUCUGGAUUUCGUAUCCACGAGGAAUGGGUCUGGAUCAAGAUCACUGCUGAUGGACAGGCGGUGUGUCCAUUGGAUGGGCUCUGGCGAAAGCCAUACGAGAUUCUCGUCAUUGGGCGGAAAGAUCCGAUUUCAGCGGUAUCAGAUCUUGGCUAUGCAACCUCGCAGGGAAAAACAGACACUAUCAAUCUACUUGAUGUCGACCCCAGUACAAUUACCAGAAGAGUGAUUGCAGCUGUUCCAGAUCUCCAUUCGCGAAAGCCAAAUCUGAAACCUAUAUUUGAGCGGGUCUUAUUUGGUGUGUCGGACUCUACUCGCAAGUCUUAUUCGGCGCUCGAGGUGUUUGCUCGGAGUCUAACCUCCGAAUGGUGGGCAUGUGGGAAUGAGGUAGUGAAGUUCAAUGCCCGAGACAAUUGGGUCGAGACUUGA